AUGGAUGCAUCUCAGGCUCAGCAUCAAGAUGGCGAUCCACCUGAGGGCUGGGAGCAGCAUAAAGAGGCUAUCACGCGAUUUUACCUCGAGGAAGACUUGCCCAUUGCCGAAGUUAUGAAGAGGAUGGAAAGGGAAUAUGGUUUCUACGCAAACCGAAGGCAGUACUUAUACAGAUUCUUGAACUGGGGCAUCAAGAAGAAUAUUAGGGCCGAGAUCAUGAUUUUCAUCGCCAUUACUCGAGAGAGACGCCUGAACGAGCAAGGGAAACGAACGGCCUUUGUAUACAACGGUCGAGAGGUGGACGAAGCGAAGAUUGACAGAUUCGUUCGCGAGCGCUUCAACGGGAGGGACUUGAACCAGAUGCCGCUUGAUCAACGUACGAAACAGCAACUCCAGCCGGACUCGUAUACUCCACACCCGCCCUGA